AUGACCACCUCGCAGUGUAUACUGACCGUCGUUCUGGUGAUCUUAUGUCUGUCGGGUAAUGCUCUGGCCAUUCUAAACAAAUGGGAGGCCACAAACUUCUGUAUUUGCUUCUCUUCCAAUUAUACCAUCUUGCACUUGGCCAUUCCGGAUAAUCCGUCCCAGCCUUGCUUGUCGUGUACUAAGCAAUGGUGCCUAAAUCAAAAUCUGCCGAUAUGUGCUGGCGCGUCACUGGGCGAUACGGAUCCCGACACGGCUACUGGCAAAGAAGGUGACGUAGAAGCACGUUGUUUCCAACGUGAUUCGCCGCGAGACCAGCUAGUUGUCACCUUAUUUGUUUUGACGGUAUUCGGUCUUUUAUUGGGAGCGGGGAUCAAGAACAGGAUGGCGAAAGCAGGGUUUGAGACAAACAUCCCAUGGGGUGCAGGCAGGAGGUGGUGGGAGGCUUGGGUACCGCGCCGAUCGAAUGAAGAAUACGGUUUAUCUAGACGCAGUUAUCUUCCGGUGUCUCAGGCUGACAGCCCCAGAUAA